CUUGGUAAAGAGACUAUUUUGAAAACGACUCGCCGAAAGCAAAAUUUGGGGAAACUCCGGUUUGAAAAUUAUAAAUUAAAAUUGCUGCUGAAGAGAUUGAAACGCGCGAGCAAAAUGCCAACUGGACAUGGAAAAAGCAGGACGUCAGCAAAUGCACCAGAUAGUACUGGCAUUUCAGUGAAUGAGAAGAUUUUAAGGGAAUGUCAUGAACUUUAUGUGGAUAAAACGUCACCAGAAAGAGGCCUUGUGUAUAUAGCAGAUACUGUUGGAAUAUCUUUGCUUGCACCAAGAAAGAAGAUAACAGUUAUGCUUAUGGGAAACCACUCAGCAGGAAAAAGUUCCUUUAUUAACUGGUAUGUUGAAGAACAUAUCCAGAAAACUGGUGUUGCAAUUGAAACCCAAGGCUUCACAUUUAUUACCAGUGGAAAGAAAAGAGAAUCACUCACUGGAAAUGCAACAUUCCAUUUGUUCCCUCACUUCAAGCCUCUGCAAGAAAUUGAAGGAGUCAGAGAUUAUGUAUCAACUGAAAUUUCUACAUCAAAGCAGAAGAAGUUCAAUUUAGUGAUGUUUGUUGAUACACCAGGCUUGGUGGAUGGGGAUAUGCUCUACCCAUUUGAUGUCAACAAGUCAAUUGAAUGGCUAGGGGGACUGUGUGAUUUGAUAUUUUGCUUCUUUGAUCCGAUUGGACAAGCUCUUUGCAAACGCACAUUGAACAUUGUUGAGCGAUUGAAUGAACAUGACUCAGAUAAAAUCAGAUUCUUUCUGAGCAAAGCUGAUACUGCUGGAACUGAAAGUGACCGUCAAAGAGUUCUGAUGCAAAUUACACAAGAACUGUGCAAGCGGCCUGGUCUCAACAAAUGUGGGUUCGACAUGCCCACUAUUUACAUCCCAUCUCUGACGGACAGGCCACGCUGCGAAAAUAAUAUCGAUGCUGUAUGCAAGGCGAUUGAGAAAACUAUCAACCAAACAAUUCAGAAUACUUUAAACACUUUGGAAAAGGAUUGUUUUGCAAUUACGUCUAAAAUCAAUGAAAUUGUUGAAGCCGACACGAGGGCAUGGGAGCAUAAUGUGAAGACAAAGCUGUUUAGCUGGUUUUUUUCUCUUCUUUCGUUUGUGCUAGCACUUUUUGCAGCUUUCAGUUUUCUAGCUGACACCCGCAAGUUUGAUAAUCCACUUCAACCUUAUUUGGACCAUAUUGACAAAUUUUGGUCAUCAAUACCGGCGUCGUAUCACUAUCGUGGCAAAGUUGGAAUCGCAAUAUUUGCAUUUUUACUGUUUUUGAUCUCAAGAUUCUGGUCACGAAGUAAAUCAAGGCUUUCGCGAAGGCAGAAGAGGAGACUAGAAGAACAGAAAAGCUACGUUAUGUCUCAUGUAAAGCCAAAGAAGGAAAAAUUAUACGCAGAGUACUUGAAGCAAAGUGUUGCAGACCACGAUUUAUGAAGAUCUUGAAAUAAUUAGAUACCGACGAGACGAAGAUAACAGUUCUGACAUGAUAGAAGAUGACAAUUUUGUUUAAGAUGGACAGGCUAGUCAUUCCACUUCAAUCAAUUGACCCAUUGUUGAUUAAAUUAAUCACGUUAUAUGGUUUCUAAUUUUUCUGUCAUGCACUUUGUCCUUUAUGAA